UGUUCUAGAACACUGUGGUAGAACAGAAUUGUUGGUCACCGUGGUGACGUUCGAACACGGCACAUUCGGUACGGAGCGUCGUUCACAAAAACAGAGGUCAUCACACAGGAACCGUCUAAACAUGCGGUCCGCUGCGUGGGUCUGGUUACUGGGAGUGGUCCUUCUGAACCUGCAAGGAUGUGCAGAAAAUCAGGUUGCCCCUCCCCAUGCCGGCGGAAACACUCCACUUGCCCAACGAGCUUCGACGUUUUCCCGCCCAAGUUCUCAAGGUCACCCCGUCCUCGAGGACAACUUCCCCCUGGGCGAGACGGACGUCACAGACGAGGGCGUGUACGACAACUACCACUCGUACGACUCUUUCCCAAGCUCGUUGAACGGCGAGGAAAAUGUUGAGGAUCUGAUAUCGCAGAUCCAAGAAGAAAUGGCUUGGUCUAACGGUCAUCCCGAGCACUUGGCUCAGAUUCGCCAAGCGAUCGCGAAAGUUCGGGAGGCAAUCGAACGCCGCGCUGCUGCCGACAAGAGUCACGCCACAGCAGCACGGAACGACAUGGAGGAGAAGUUAGUCUCGGAGGCAGGGCGUGAGGAUGAGGCCGAAAAUCUCGCCACCAAGAUCCGCCAGAGCCUGGAUAAAUCCGAAGAGCUGCUGAAAAAAGCCUCUGUCGGCGAGCAACGCGACUACGACGUUCGUGAGCCGUCGUCGGCUGCCCUCGGUGACCAUCGGGAAGGCUCGGAAAGGGCCGACGAAGUUCAGCACGCGUCCGACGGAGUCGUAGUGGCGCCGCAUUUGUGGCAGAAGGCAAGAAGGAGAGACCACCAAGGCGUCAUAGAGGGUCCGGCCAGGGAGUAUCAAGCUGACACGGCGAGGGUGAAUGAUGAAAUCGCGGAGGCGAAGCUGAUGCUGCACCUGCUGGAGAACCCGAUCUGGGCGGAGUGGUCUGGAUGGAGCCGGUGUCACGGGCAGUGCGGGACCGGGUACAGGACCAGGACGCGCGCCUGCAGGGUACAGGGGCUGUGUGAGCAACAGACCGCCGCCGAGCCCUGCCCGCUCAAGGACGAGUGCGAGAACCCGAGAGGCUAUGUUGCGGGGACAGUUGCUGUCUCUGUGCUGGCUGUCCUACUGGUGACGAUGCUGGCCACCUUUCUCUUGCUGCCCAAGAUACAGAAGUACAGGAUCUCCCGUUAUGAGAGUGAGAGGGAGGCUUUCAUCCAGGCCAACCUGAAGAAGAAUAGCUCCAUGCCAGACCGCCCUCCUCCCGCAGCUCCACGCCCAGCCUCCACCCUUCCUGCGAAGCUGCCGUCCGGAGAGCACGUGUACCUGACUCUCAGCGAAGUCAAGGUUGACGGGAAAACGUACCUCGCCCAGGCUGGUAAGAGCGCCGAGGACUGUGUGUACCUGACUCCCUCACAGAUCAACCAACCAAAAACGGAAAUGUACCUGAACCAGGGUGAAGAUCCAGAAAAUGAGGAGGAGGAAGAGAACAGAGAUGAGGAGAACGCCUACCUGGUGCUUCAAGGAGCUAACUGAAAACAGCGCCACCUGGCAGUUGUACUCUGAAGUCCCAACGGCAUAUUGUAAUCAUGUACACGAGUGACAUGAAACAUUGUGAUCGACGCUCUCAUCAUAUCCAAAUGGUUGAACUUAGACAUCAAUCUGAUUUCAAUCUGUCACAGUUUAUUACUUGUACCAUUUUAAC